GACACGUCGCACGAAAUGGUGGUAGCCUGCUGCCGUUUCCUGUGCUACUUCUGCCGCACCGGCCGCCAAAACCAGAAGGCAAUGUUCGACCACUUCGACUUCUUGCUGGAGAACUCCAACAUCCUCCUGUCGAGGCCCUCGUUGAGAGGAUCCACGCCUCUGGAUGUGGCUUACUCCAGUCUUAUGGAGAACACUGAACUGGCGCUUGCUUUGAGAGAACACUAUCUAGAGAAGAUAGCAGUGUACCUCUCCCGUUGCGGGUUACAAAGCAACUCGGAGCUGAUAGAGAAAGGAUACCCCGAUCUUGGCUGGGACCCGGUGGAAGGCGAGAGAUACCUGGACUUCCUGAGGUUCUGUGUUUGGGUUAACGGCGAAAGCGUAGAAGAAAACGCCAACUUAGUAAUCCGUUUGCUCAUCCGUCGGCCGGAGUGCCUGGGCCCGGCCCUGAGGGGCGAGGGCGAGGGCCUGCUCAAGGCGAUAGUGGACGCCAACAAGAUGAGCGAGCGGAUCGCCGACAGGAGGAAGCUGAGGGAGAUGGAGCAAGAGGGCGACGUCACU